ACUAUGCUAGUAAGUGAGCUCAAGAUGUUGUUCAUGUCGCAUCCCAUUAUCAAGGAGAAGACAAAACUUCCUGCAGUAGAAAGAGACAGACUAAAAAAUCUGAUGGCUCAAAGUAUCAAGUGGCAGCAUUUCGAAUGUGCAAAUUCUGUUCCAGAAAUAACUAUGGGAAGUCUUUUGGAGGAUCAUCGUUGCCCUUCACAUUCCGUGCGUGGCGUUGCUGUCUCGACGAGCGGUCAGAACUUUGCUGGCUCGACGAGCGCUCAGAACUUUGCUGGCUCGACGAGCGGUCAGAAUACUAAGAACCCGACCAGCAGUCAGAAUACUCAUAACCGUGAGUGAUUGUUAUGGAUAUCAGCCAAGUAGCCUAGCCAUUUGGUUGAUUAUUGAUUGUUUGACUUUAUUUUUGUGUUUGUACCGUACUUCUUGGUUUUUUCUUUACCUUUUCUGAACUCUUUGAAAAUUGAACAUUAUGUUGCUUAUGGUUUUUAGCUAUGGAGAACUUUUAAUGGUUUCUUUAGAAAAGUCUACAUAGUUUUAUUAAGAUUUAUCGUAGAAUAAUGAUAUUGUCACAUGAAUGUGACAUGAUGCUAUUACAAUUGUCAUAGGUUUCACUAGUC